AUGUGUCAAUCAAACAUUUAUCUUCUUGAUCUACCCAAUGAAAUAUUGCUUAUCAUCAUCAAAAAGCUUCACAAAGUUGAUGUUCUGUAUUCGCUAUUUGGAAUUAAUAAUGGACGACUUGAUAUAUUACUACAAGAAGAUGUAUUUAUUAAUACUCUAAAUGUUACAACAGCAUCAUCAAUCACUGGUGUCAAAUUUGAUCGAUUUUGUACUCAAAUAUUACCUCAAACUCGUUAUAUUAAAAAACUCAUUCUCGAGCCAACACCUAUGGAACGUAUUCUUCUUCUUAGUGAUUAUCCAAAUCUGACCUACCUAUAA